CUUGGAUUAUAUAUCAUUUUACCCUAGUUAAUAACUAUCUUACUGGGUUGGAGAUUACCUAACAGAGAAGGUCGGACCCCUAUGGCAUAUAAUUCUCGCGGGCGAUUCCCCCAAGGCCAGCAAUUUGUCACCUACCAUAAUGGAUCCGGCGUCGCUACAACGUCAAGGCGAACUGAAGAACCAAGUACACCGUUUGGAGAUGGCUCCAUUGGAACUCCAUUGUGGUCCGCAAGCGAAAGCCCUGCCGAUAUAAGCAGACGGGCUAUCAAUCAACUGCCUGAUAUUUCUGCUGCCUCUAGCGGGUCUUUUUUUACUACCUACGAUAUCCCACCGGGAUAUGAUGGCCCAUUCCACCGCUCAGUUACGCUUGAUUACGUUUUGGUAUUCCGAGGCAUUGUCACCCUUACCAUGGAGGACGGUUCGCAAGUGACGCUUGCGGAAGGUGAUACGGUUGUUCAGCAAGGAACAAUGCAUAAAUGGAGCAACCAGGAAGAUAGUUGGGCACGAAUGGUGACUGUUAUGGUAUCUGCGCACCCUCCUGUUGUCGCGGGGCGUGAGAUGCAGCCUCAUUGGCCGUACUGAUAAAUUGUCUGCGCGGCCAAAUGGUGGUUACACCCAUAUUCAGUCACAGUGACAGGCCCAUCCAUGGUACUUGUCUCAGAUCUCACUGGAAGCAAUUGAGUCACCAAAAGCUCGAAUGUCUCAAGCAGUAUUAUGAAAAAUGGAAAGGCCUGUUCAUUCCUCAAUAUUUCAGUCUAUCAAUGGUUCAGCCACUCUACACCGCAAAUCAAUGAAUAUAGGCCUCAAUACACGGGAAUGCUCAAGUCUGAUGACCAGGCUAGUUCAAGC